GGUAGGAGGAAAAAGUGUAAGGUGAGAAAAGGGUGAGUGAAUUAGUGGAAGGAUUCUGGAUCCAUUAAAUGAAUCUUAAUUUUAAUUUCUCCCGAUAUGGAGGGUUUAGAAGAGGGAAUUUAUGCCAAACACAAUAAGAGAAAGGUCGUUCCCUUCCUCACCUAGGUUACAUACCUUUCUUUUCUGCCUUUUUUCUUUCCCUCUUACAUAGCCUUAUAUGAUAGAAUGCAUCCGAACAAUAAUAUAUUUGUGAUAUGAAGCAUGUAAAGUAGUAGUAGGUUCAUGGGUUAGGUGCCAUGCCAGAAGUGAUGGUGCCGCCAUCGGGGCUGCCAAAGUUCGCUACAAAAUGGGAGCAAGAGGUGGAUUCGGACGAGGGAGCUGGGGCAGUGGAGAGUUCUGCUGUACAUCCAUUGGUCCCGUAUGAAGGGGAUACGAUUUUAGAACCAUGUGAAGGUAUGGAAUUUGAUUCUGAAGAUGCUGCUAAGAUAUUCUAUGAUGAGUAUGCAAGGCGGUUGGGAUUUGUCAUGCGUGUUAUGUCUUGUCGCCGUUCUGAAAGAGACGGAAGGAUUCUUGCCCGUCGACUUGGGUGUAAUAAGGAAGGAUACUGUGUUAGUAUUCGGGGGAAAUUCGGGCCAGUUCGAAAACCACGGCCAAGCACAAGGGAAGGCUGUAAGGCAAUGAUUCAUGUUAAGUACGACAAGUCUGGAAAAUGGGUGAUAACAAAAUUUGUAAAGGACCACAAUCAUCCACUUGUAGUCUCCACGCGAGAAGCUCGUCAAACAAUGGAUGAAAAGGAUAAGAAGAUUCAGGAAUUGACUGUAGAGCUGCGGAACAAGAAACGGCUAUGCUCAACAUAUCAAGAACAGCUUACUGCAUUUAUAAAAAUUGUUGAGGAACACAGCGACCAGCUAUCCAAGAAAGUACAAAAUGUAGUUAGCAAUCUUAAAGAAAUUGAACCGAUAGAUCAAGAUCUUUCACAACGUAGAUGACCUCAAAUCUUUCAGACACGCUAUGUUGUCCUUGAAACUCUUUGAUGAGAAGAGAAGUUUAACUAGCUGCAGGACCACUCUAAUUUAUGUAGCCAUGCUCAGAAGAUAAUUUAAGUUCUAGUUAAAAGAAAAAACCCUAACUAAUCAUGUUGUACUGUGAUCCCCACCCAAAUAUAUUGUAUUCCAAGAUUGUUAUAGCUGCUAUUGGAGGUAAGUAACUCCUCAUGGUAGAAUCACAAACUGUUUAGUUGUGGAGCCUAAUAUGCCUUGACGAUUUAUUGCCGUACUAAAAUUUCAUUAACGGUAGUUUGGAGAUUUCACACUUGUAAAAGUUGGUUUCUCUAGUUUUCGUAAUAAAAAGGGGGCGCCGAUCUUGGGGUUAAUACA